AUGAUUGUUGUGUCGAUCCGAUGCCGGGCGAGGCUUGAGUUAGUUAUCACCAAUCGUUGGGGAACGUGUUCGCCAAACGUGCGUGACCUUGACGCAGGGUUGAUCAACGACUCAACAGUCAGUAGACCUACGCUGGUAGCAAUGAGUGUAUGUACCUUCUAUAGCUGCGUCGAAUGCAUGCCAUGUCUACCUUUCGAGCGUUUUCGACUGUCCAAGCCGGCGGCAAGGAAGGUGGUGACUACCUUGUGGCUCGGAAGCUUGUGCACGAAGCAGAACCGAGCUUUGCAUCCACGCAGACGAACAACGACCGUCAGCAGACACGGCAGGAUCGAGGGAACGUGGACUCGCUCGAGCACCGAUACGAUUGAGCCGACCCACCAAAACCUCAUAGUUGGUGUCUACGAUGAGCUUUUCAUCGCGCGCAUUGCUGAGUCUUAG